AAACAAAACAGCAUUUUAAUAAUCAAAGCAGUGGACUUCAGAUACGCAGCCAAGACCGGAAGGAAGGAUCUCUGGAAACCUCUGAAAUGAUUCCUCUGUCCCCUUCCUCUGCGAUCUCAUUUCCCAUUUCAAGCCGAUCAAACACCAGUAUCAGAGGUGAGAAGCAAUGGCUUGGUUGUUUUUUAAUGAAAACAAAGCCAACGUGUUUAAGGCUUUCAAAUGGGUUUAGAGCAAGAGCCAAAGCUGCUUCAAAUGCUAAUUGGAAAGCAAUUGAUAUUCCUCCACAAUGGUACAAUCUCAUUUCAGAUCUUCCUGUGAAACCUCCUCCUCAACUGCAUCCAAAAACUUUUGAACCUGUCAAACCUGAGGAUUUAGCUGCUUUGUUUCCUGAUGAGUUGAUUAAGCAGGAAGCAACCAAUGAAAAAUUCAUAGAUAUCCCAGAAGAAGUUCUUGACAUUUACAGCCUUUGGCGCCCAACUCCAUUAAUUAGGGCCAAGAGGUUGGAGAAACUUCUCAAUACACCAGCCAAAAUUUACUAUAAAUAUGAAGGUGUGAGCCCAGCUGGAUCACACAAACCUAACACUGCAGUCCCACAAGUUUUUUAUAAUGCAAGACAAGGUGUUAAGAAUGUUGUGACAGAAACGGGUGCUGGCCAAUGGGGAAGUUCGCUGGCCUUUGCGUGCAGCUUAUUUGGUCUUGACUGUGAGGUGUGGCAGGUACGAGCUUCUUAUGAUCAGAAACCAUAUCGUAGAUUGAUGAUGGAAACUUGGGGUGCAAAAGUACAUCCAUCUCCAUCAAGCAUUACUCAUGCAGGUAGAGAAAUCCUUCAGAAGGAUCCUUCAAGCCCAGGAAGUUUAGGAAUAGCUAUUUCAGAAGCUGUUGAGGUUGCAGCAAGAAAUACUGAUACCAAGUAUUGCUUGGGCAGUGUACUUAAUCAUGUUUUGUUACACCAGACCAUUAUAGGUGAGGAGUGCCUAAAGCAAAUGGAAGCUGUCGGUGAAACUCCUGAUGUGAUCAUAGGAUGUACUGGUGGCGGCUCCAACUUUGCGGGACUCAGUUUCCCAUUCAUUAGAGAGAAGCUCAGUGGGAAAAUCAAUCCUGUCAUAAGAGCAGUUGAACCUACAGCAUGCCCUUCGCUAACAAAGGGUGUUUAUGCAUAUGAUUAUGGUGAUACAGCUGGGAUGACUCCAUUAAUGAAGAUGCAUACACUUGGGCAUGACUUCAUUCCUGAUCCUAUUCAUGCUGGGGGCUUGCGUUACCAUGGUAUGGCACCAUUGAUUUCACAUGUGUAUGAAUUGGGUUUUAUGGAAGCAAUUGCAAUUCCUCAGACCGAGUGCUUUCAAGCUGCCUUACAAUUUGCUAGAUCUGAAGGGCUAAUACCUGCACCAGAACCGACUCAUGCAAUUGCUGCCACCAUCAGGGAGGCUCUCCAUUGUAGAGAAACUGGAGAAGCAAAGGUUAUUCUCAUGGCAAUGUGUGGACAUGGCCAUUUUGACCUAACAUCUUACGAGAAGUAUUUGCGAGGAAAUAUGGUUGACUUGUCAUUUGAAGAGGAGAAAAUACAGGCAUCAUUAGCCAGAGUUCCUCAGGUCAAGGCAUGAAGUGCAGUAAACAUGAAAACUGCUAUCUAAAAUGAACUUUGGAGUGAAAAAAGGAUUAGAAGUUGACAAAGUUCCAUAAACCUGAUGCCUGUUUAGAAUUAAGAAUAAUAAUUAGAAUAUCAUGAGGGUUUAGAAAUGUUUUAGGACUUGGUCUUUGAAUUCUACAAGCACUAAAAUUUGUGGUUUUGUUUGGACAAGUUCUUGGUUAUCAUGAACGAAGAUUCCUUGAAAGCUUGAUAGAAUUACAAAAACCACAUU